UACUAAAAUUCCGAGUACAAACUGGCUCAGACGAUUUAGUUUGGCCAGUAGCUCAACUGUGAAUGUCAAUUUAAUCAGCUGUGUGAAAGAAGAAGAGCCGUGUUGUCUUCUACACGUGCCGCUAUUUCUUUUUUGUUAUUUGUGGUUAAAUCUUAUUAAAUUAAUACUGCAUUAAGUGUAAAUUAAAAUGGGCAGCACGAGGUUUUUCUUAGCGGAUCUGCCAUCGUGCACUACGGAGGAUGACCUGAAUACGUUAUUUCAAGACUAUGGCUAUGUGGAGCGCGUGGAACUGAAACCAAAAGCGGACUCAAAUAAAUUGAUUGCCUUCGUAACGCUGCAGAUCGAUGAUCCCCAAUAUUGCUUAAAUGAGGUAAAUUGGCAAAAGUUGCACGGCAGCAAAUUGAAGGUGUCUCUUGCCAAAGAAUCGUUUCUGGAUCGUUUAAAGCGUGAGCGAGAUGAGGAGCAACAGAAGGGCCAAGUGCAGAAUAAUGCUGAGCAAUUUCAAAAAAGUAGCUCUGAUCUGUUGGUGAGAAAUACCCAAAAUAAGCGCAGAGUCUUUGGCGAAGAUGAGGAGUUGAAGGACGAUGAUAUUGCACCGGAGCUAUUGAUUACCAAAAAGCGUGCAUCAACUUCGAUAUAUAAUGGCAAGAUUAUUAUACCGGUGGAAAAUAUCUCUGGACCCUUGCACAUUAUUGAGCAAAACAAAAAGUCUGCUAAACAGCAAUUGGAUGCUAAGUCGAUGAUUGCAGAUCAGAAACGCAAACAAUCACUAAACAAAAUGAAACGGCAAUUUGAGAGCAAGAAGUCCGCUGUACAACAAGCAUUGUCAUCCUUUGACGCUGGCAAGGCCAAGAAAAUUAAAUUCAGUGAUGCUGAAGAAGAUGAUAAUGACGAUGUCGGAAACAAAAGUACUGCCAGCAAACAGAAAAAGGAACUUUUUGCUGACGAUAGUGAGGGCGAAGAUGACAAUAUCAUUCUACCUGAAUACUCUGGCAAGAAGGGCGAACGCCUUGUGGAAAUGCAGAGCAAGCAGAGUUUGGAUCCCAGAUUUCGUAUUACGGCUAGCUUUGUGGAUGACCAGGAGCAUGAUGCGAAUGAAGAGGAAGAAAAGCCCCAGGAAAGUGAGCGGAAUUGGCAGAUGGGAAUACUCGAGCAGGUAGUGGGCCGAAAAAUGGAUACAGAUAAUGCAAAAGCUCCGAUUUCAAAGAAAAUGUUGCGAUUCGACCCCGGCAAAGAGGAGCACCAAAAACUUGUACGGCAAAAACCGUCAGAGGCAACCAAAACUGUAAAGGGAAACCCGACGGCAAAUGAGAAAGCUAAAUCAGAGCCAGUCUCCCAGGCUGCUUUUUAUGUCGUCACGGACACUUUAAAACAAUCUCUAAAUAUGCGCGGUGACGGAUUUAGUUUGUUAGAGAUGUUCGGAAGUUCACAUAACGAAGAAGUGGCUCAGCGUCAGGGUCAGUUAGAGCAAAUAGGACGAGAGAAAAUUAUAGUCAACCAAGCAGGUACUGCGGUUGCGGGCACGUUAAAUCCAUUCCAUUACGAUUCCUCUGAGAGCGAGGACGAAGGCACAGAGAACCAGCCAUCAAUGGAAAACGAGAAGCAAACUAAAAAGUCAAAAAAGGAUAAAAAACCAAAACCAUCCAUGGAAUCAUUUUUUAUUCCAAAGAAUGAUCCGCGGCUUAAGGAGGGCUCCAAAUUCUUCAAGCUUAGCGGGAACGAAACCGAAAAUCAUGAUUAUGACCAAGUGCGAUCUCGUCUGAAAUUGCUCAUUAAAACUAAAAUUGUUAAAUUGAAGAAAAAUCAACCCGAGGGCGUUAAAAAACGCAAAAAUAAAUUACGCAAUUGAAUGUGA